GAUACUCAGCGAGGUAUUGAUGGUGCUUUGAAAAUCUUCAAUCAGGGCCGAAGUGACCCUGUAUUGAAUUCAACGCGCCGACGCAUAAAGCGGUUUUGACUUUAUUAUAUUCUUACGAGUACUAGCUACUUAUAAAAGGAUUGCUGUUUUUACCGUUAUAGACCGAGCCUACUCAAUGCAAAACAUUAGUCACUUGGUAGAAAUGCCUUCUUUACACGACGCCCUCCAAGAACGCCUACCAAUUCGCCUGGCUGAUGCUCUUACACGGCUCGAAGGCAUAAUUCAUUCGUCGCUAAUGCUUGGAAACUUCGUCGACGGACAAGCCGAUGAGUUUGCUGAGGGUAUGAGCGUUCAACAGAUCAUCUGGCCACAGCUUCACUCACUACGCAUCAAAGCGCCUAAGCAGGUCUUGAAGUCUGUCAUCGAACAUUGCGACCUCAACAUUCUCAGAUCCAUUUCACUUUACGCAUGGUACAACUCUGAAGAGUUCUUGGAACUAAAAAGGGUAAAAAGGUUGGACCGGCUUCGCUUACAGUACGAAAAUGAAGAAUGGGCGGCUGAUCACGACUUCUAUCCUUGUUGUUCCAAAGCCUUGUGGCGUGAACUUUGGACCCUAUGGAAGGACACUCGAAAACGCCUCAAGGUGCUUAUCCUGUUUGAAACGCCGAACAAAUGUGCAGAUAACUUACGCAGGUUGCAAAACGAAGCUCGCUACGAACAAACAGUCAAAAACAUUCGCUUUGGUAUUACCUGGAUGAAGAGCCUGAACAUUACUCCUCCUCCUCCUCCUCCUCCUCCUCUUUAACUCAUACUCUUUCCGCUGCCAAUCAUCUAGAUGGCUUACAUUUCGCUGUCAAUAUAUACCUACAUAUACCUACCUCAACAACUG